AUGUGGGCAGGUCGCACUCUUCCCGUUCCUGUGGCGUGCCGGGUGUGUGGGGACAAGAGUUUCGGAAAACAUUACGGAGUCUACUGCUGCGAUGGCUGUUCAUGCUUCUUCAAACGCAGCAUCCGGAGAAAAAUGCUCUAUACUUGCAUUGCUGGGAAGGGCAACUGUGUGAUUGACAAAGCGCGACGUAACUGGUGCCCCCACUGCAGGCUGCAGAGGUGCUUCUCUGUACACAUGAACACAGCAGCCGUCCAAGAGGAAAGAGGCCCUCGGAAGUCAAAGAAGUGUAAAACUAUGAACAGCAGUUCAACAGGGUCGCGAACGGCGUCUUGCUACCGAUCAGCUGUUGGAGCUGUUCUGUGCCACGCGACGUCACUCUCAGCUCUCGGAGGAAACACUGUGCAUCAUGCUGAAGAGAACAGCCCGUUCAAGAAAGUGAUGCCUGACUCCAGUAUCCUCAGAGAAACCAUUCCAUAUGCUUUCCCCACGGUUGCGUUACAAGUUCCUACCAGAGGACUACAAGGUGAAUUCUACCAUGAAAUAGCAGCACAGAUAUUACUGGUGAGCCUGCGACAGGCUCGAAGAAAUGAGCACUUCUGUGUUCUGUCAAGGUCGGAUCAGGACAUCAUUCUGCGUCAUGUGUGGAGUGAGUUGUUUCUUCUUCAUGCUGCCUACUGGCCGAUAGAUGUUUCCGCUUUGAUCCGGAGGGCUCUGAACAGUGGCCACAUGCAUCAACACGGCACCAAAGCCGUGACUAACAACACGAACCUGGCGAUGACGACGGAAGAUGUGAAGCGUUUGGAGUCGAUACAAGAUAGAACCCAAGUGGCCCUGGCCCACUACGCUGCCCAAUCAUCGCCCCACCAACCCUCGAGGUUCGGACGUCUCCUGUUGGUUCUCCCCGUACUCUGCGGGCCCACAGCGCAAGGACUGCAUGCCAUGCUCUUCCGACCCAUCAUCGGAGACGUUCCUGUCGAACACGUGAUCGUAACCAUUUGA